AUGGCGAUGGUUUGCUACCCCGAGGUUCAGUUGAAGGCACAGGCUGAAAUCGACCAAGUGCUCGGCGGCGACCAACUCCCCGUGUUGGAAGAUUACAGCAGUCUUCCUUAUCUCAACGCGCUCAUCAAAGAGGCAAGUAAACCCAACUGGCCCCUCCAUAGAUUCAGGCCUAUCAUCCCUACCGGGAUACCUCAUGUAGCAUCACGGGACACUCAAUACAAUGGCUUCGUGAUUCCUCAAGGUUCAAUUAUUUUCAUGAAUACAUGGGGGAUAUACCACGAUCCCGAACUCUUUGAUGACCCGGAAUCCUUCAUUCCUGAAAGAUACUUACUCUCCGAAUUCGGGACAAAACCUGGAGCGAACACCGAAGGUCUGCGUGAUAAUCUGCAUUUCGGCGCCGGCAGGCGUAUCUGCCCAGGCGCGGAGAUGGCGUCAAGAAACAUCGCAAUGAAUGCGAUCAACCUUCUAUGGGCGUUCAACUUUGGCAAGGACGCGUCUGGAACAUGUAGCAUGGGCCUGGAGAACUACCAUCCUGGAGUGGAAUUUGCACUGAAGCCUUUCACUUGCAAUAUGGAAGUACGGAGUGAGGCUCGGGCGUCGCUAAUCAGGCGGGCUUACGACGCCGCUGCACUGUGA